AUGCGUUCCAAAAAGAAUGGGCUUGACAUAAUAAUUCUAGGUGGCGGCAUUGCAGGUCUCACAACCGCCCUUGCCUUGACCAAAUUUGCCCCCAGAGACCAGGUUCCCAGGAUCCAAAUAUUCGAGAUCAGACCUGAGCCUGCCACAGUAGGUGGUGCAGUCAACUUGACACCAAAUGCGUUACGAAUGCUCGACCAUCUUGAAGCCUACGAGGUCAUGAAAGCCAACAACUUCGGGAAGCAUAUCGAUGAGUUGGAAGUGUUCGACAACUACUCCACCAAGCUCGCCGUAUCAAGCUUCCGAGGGAUUGAUGGCAAAGGCAUCGGCAGUCCUCCAUACAAAGCUUUGCGCAUCACAAGGGGCGAUGCUUUGAAGGCCGUGCUGGAGGUGUUACACCGUCAGGACAAUAUUACCCUGACCUGUGGGAAAAAGACAGUCGGUAUCGAGGAGACUUCGGACGACGUGAUAAUAACAUUUGAAGACGGAGAAAUAUAUCGUGGAGAUAUCCUGUUGGGCUGUGACGGAAUACAUUCCAUCACGCGACUGCAACAUGUAGAUCCGCAGCGCAAAGAAACCUAUACCGGCAUUUGCAAUGCUUUCGGAUUUGCACCUGUUGGACAGAACUUCCCAGUUCAUUUCGAUUGUACUGCCAUGAACUUUGCCCGACGAGGAAUGCUCCUCACAAGUUACCAUAAUCCAGAAAUGGACUCCGUCUAUGUCGGUGCUCUCAUGGAAGUCACGGACAUCGGCUCCAGGGACGGGUGGAAGCAAGUUGGCGGUGAUGCUGAGAAAACCAGAGCCGAGCUCUUGAGCCGAUUCGGCGAUUCCAGUAUUCCUUGCAUCAAGCCACUGAUUGAACAAGCCCAAGAUUUCUACCUCUGGCCUGUCUUCACCCUGUCCAAAGACGGGAAUUGGUCAACGCGGAGAUGCAUGCUACUCGGAGACGCGGCGCACGCAAUGCCGCCACAGGGCGAGAGCACCGGGAUCGUCUUUGAGGAUACGGUAAUACUUUCUCGCUGUCUUACUCGAUGGAUUGAGAAAGGAAAGCCUGGAGGUGAUCCCAAGGAAGCAUUCGAAGUAUAUGAGAAGCUGAGGAAACCGCGAAUCGCAGACGCUUUCGAGGAAUCCCAAAACGUAAUAAGAACCGUGUCAGAUGCCGGUUGGUUUGGCCACAAAAUCAAGACCUACGUCGUGCCUUGGUAUCUGUGGUUCACAAGGGGCUACAGAGAGAAACAUUUUAUCGAAGAUGUUACCACAUCCGACAUCGGCUACUGA